ACAUGUUUUUGAUUGCUUGAUGCGUGGAAUGAUUAUGUCAGAAAUAGGAAGAGAGAGAAGAGAGAAUAAUAACUUUUUAUUUCUCUUACAGAACAAUAAUUUUUUUUUUCUUGGGGUUCUUGAGAGGUGAAAAUUGAAAAUAAUUUCAUAUAUUUGAUGGUUCUGUACUGGGUUUCUUCUUUUCCGUCAUCCAUUGUUGUCUCUCUGGUUCCAGAGGUUCCCGUUUCCUGAGAGAUGCUUCGACCGCUUGGCGAUGGCCCGUCACUUUCUCGGGAAAGUUUGGGGUUUUCUCUUUCUUCUUUUUCCCGGAAAACCCUGAGGAGUACGACGAAGCUUUUCUCCUCGAAUUGUCCAGCUGAGUUUCUUUUCACUUCUUUUUCUUGAAGAAUCUUGGAAAUUCUCAGAUCUUCUGAAGCUCUUUUUCUGUUUCGAAGUCCAUUUUUUUCUUCCCGGAAUUCCGUUCCACUUGUCGCCACUACCAUAGAAUCUUCAUUGUCCGAAAUCAAAAGAGAACACUCACACACACUUCCGUUUCUCUUAAGAAACGACGGACUUUCCAAAGAAGCUGAAAUCCAGAAAGGCGAAAACAACGCAAAAGAAGAGAAAAGAAAAGCAAGAAUACCCAGUGAGAAACCGUCGGAAAGUUCGAGACUUUGAGGUGAGAAAUGGCGAUGGCGGUGGCGGUGGCGAACCACCGCGAGAGAAGCAGCGACAGCAUGGACAAGCAUUUGGACAGCACCGGGAAGUACGUAAGGUACACGGCGGAGCAAGUGGAGGCUCUCGAGCGUGUCUACGCCGAGUGUCCGAAACCCAGCUCCCUCCGGCGACAACAGCUUAUCCGAGAGUGUCCUAUUUUGGCAAAAAUCGAGCCCAAACAGAUCAAAGUCUGGUUUCAGAACCGGAGGUGUCGAGACAAGCAGAGAAAAGAGGCUUCUAGGUUACAGAGCGUGAACCGGAAGCUCACGGCCAUGAAUAAGCUGUUGAUGGAAGAGAACGAUCGGCUGCAAAAGCAGGUUUCUCAGCUCGUCUCCGCAAAUGGACACAUGAAGCAACAGCUUCACACCGUGCAAGUGACUGAUGCAACCUGCGACUCUGUGGUUACAACUCCUCAGCAUUUGCUCAGAGAUGUGAAUAGUCCUUCUGGAUUGCUCUCCAUUGCUGAGGAGACCAUGGCAGAGUUCCUUUCCAAGGCUACAGGAACUGCUGUCGAUUGGGUCCAGAUGCCCGGGAUGAAGCCUGGUCCGGAUUCGGUUGGUAUCUUUACCAUUUCCGAAAGGUGCAGCGGAGUGGCAGCACGAGCCUGCGGUCUUGUUAGUUUAGAGCCUACAAAGAUUGCAGAGAUCCUAAAAGAUCGUCAGUCUUGGUUCCGAGACUGUCGGAGCCUUAAAGUUUUCACCUUUUUCCCAGCCGGGAAUGGCAGCACGAUUGAGCUCGUUUAUAUGCAGACUUAUGCCCCGACAACUCUGGCUCCUGCCCGGGAUUUCUGGACCCUAAGAUACACCACGAGCCUUGAUAACGGAAGUCUCGUGGUUUGUGAGAGAUCUCUUUCUGGUACCGGAGCUUGUCCUAACGAUGCCUCGACCGUUCAGUUCGUGAGAGCAGAAAUGCUUCCUAGCGGCUAUUUAAUAAGGCCUUGUGAUGAUGGCGGCGGUUCAAUAAUUCACAUCGUCGAUCAUCUUAAACUCGAGGCAUGGAGUGUUCCCGACGUGCUACGACCCCUUUAUGAGUCAUCUAAAGUUAUCGCCCAAAGAAUGACCAUUACAGCGUUGCGAUACAUCAGGCAAAUAGCUCAAGAGACAAAUGGGGAAGUCGUAUACGGAUUAGGAAGGCAGCCUGCUGUUCUUAGAAUCUUUAGCCAACGGUUAAGCAGGGGUUUCAACGAUGCUGUUAACGGGUUUAGUGACGACGGUUGGUCUGUAAUGCACUGCGACGGUGUGGAAGACAUAAUAGUAGCAGUUAAUUCUACGAAUCAUUCAAACGAUAUCUCUAACUCGCUUACUUUCCUCGGAGGUGUUCUUUGUGCCAAGGCCUCGAUGCUUCUCCAAGAUGUUCCGCCCGCAGUUCUUGUCCGGUUUCUUAGGGAGCAUCGGUCUGAGUGGGCUGAUUUCAGCGUAGAUGCGUAUUCCGCAGCCACUUUGAAAGCAGGUACGUAUUCUUAUCCGGGAAUGAGGCCUACGAGGUUUACCGGGAGCCAGAUCAUAAUGCCGUUAGGGCACACCAUCGAACAUGAAGAAAUGCUUGAAGUUGUUAGACUGGAAGGUCAUUCUCUUGUCCAAGAAGAUGCCUUUGUAUCACGAGACGUCCAUCUUCUACAGAUAUGUACCGGGAUUGACGAGAACGUCAUAGGAGCUUGCUCAGAGCUAGUAUUUGCUCCGAUCAACGAAAUGUUCCCCGACGAUGCCCCUCUCGUUCCUUCUGGAUUCCGAGUUAUACCCAUCGAUGCAAAAACGGGAGGUGGCUCGGAUUUGCCGACGGCUAACCGUACGUUAGACUUAACUUCUAGCCUCGAGGUCGGUCCGGCUUCAGAGAAUUCUUCGAGGUCGCGGUCCAUACUCACUAUCGCCUUCCAGUUUCCAUUUGAGACUGAUUUAAGAGAGAACGUGGCAAUCAUGGCUUGCCAGUACGUCAGGAGCGUGAUUUCGUCGGUUCAGCGAGUCGCGACGGCGAUUUCGCCGUCGGGGCUGAUUCCUAGCUUGGGUUCUAAGUUAUCUCCUGGUUCCACUGAAGCUGUGACUCUUGCCCAGUGGAUCUGUCAAAGUUACACUCACCACUUAGGCUCGGAAUUACUGAAUCCCGACUCCGAUGAUUCGGUAUUGAAACAGCUGUGGCAUCACCAGGACGCCAUAUUGUGUUGUUCUCUUAAGCCGCAACCAGUGUUCAUGUUUGGGAACCAGGCAGGGCUGGACAUGCUGGAGACAACCUUGGUGGCCUUACAAGACGUAACUCUCGACAACAUCUUUGAUGAAUCUGGACGCAAAGCCCUCUGCUCCGAUUUCGCCAACCUCAUGCAACAGGGCUUUGCGUGCAUGCCUGCGGGAAGAUGCGUGUCGACGAUGGGAAGACAGGUAACGUACGAGAAAGCUGUUUCAUGGAAAGUGUUGGCUUCUGCUCCAGAAGAAGACACCAUUGUUGUUCAUUGUCUUGCCUUCUUGUUUGUAAACUGGUCUUUUUUGUGAAUUUUAUUUUCAUUUUUCUAAUCUCAUCUUAUUUAUUAAUAUUAUUAUUAUUAUUA